AUGGCGGCUCAACCACCACCUCUGAAGGGCGCCGAGAAACUGUCGUCUCGAUGGCACUGGUCAGAAGAUCUCGGUGGCUUCGACAUGCCAAUCCGCCUAGAAGGGGAGAUUGGCGACGUCAUGGUGCGAGGCACGAUACCUGACAACAUCGACGGAACUUUCUACCGAGUCGCCGGAGACCAUGUGACACCUACACCUGAAAAGCACAGUCCACUUGACGGCCAUGGUGCCGUCAGCGCCUUCCGCAUUCACAAGGGCCAAGUAGACUUCAAAAUCAAAUACGUACAGAAUGACCGCUACAAAGUCGAAAGGAACCGAAAGAGGAGCUUCUUCGUUGAUAUCGUGGGUCACCCCAUGCGAGACCACCCAUGUGUGCGCGCCGUGAUGGAACAAACUUCCAAUAUCAACGUAGUCCACUGGGCUGGCAGGUUGCACGCUUUGAACGAGGGUGGACAAGCGUACACCCUAGACCCCGACACACUUGAGACCACUGGUACAAAUCCAUAUGGCAACCAGGUGUCUGACUCUGCUACUUUCACGGGCCAUCCCAAGAUCGACCAGGAUGUCGACCAACUCAUCACCUGGGGAUUCAGUCACGAUUUCAGAGAGCUCAUUUCCUACUCAAUUACUCGACAGGGCGAGGUCAAGAACCUACAUCGCAUCUCGCCUACGGUCAUCGGACCCAUCCACGAUGUCGCUAUAACGGAAAACUGGUUGGUAUUUUGCCAGUGGCCCGUAAGCCCCUCGAACCCAAAGGACGCUGUGGGGACAACAAACCUUUUCUGGGACACUGACCGUCCUACGAUCUUCAUUGUUACGCCUCGCCGCCCGGAUCAACCUUUGAAUGGCUCGGGCUGGAAGCCUUACGAAUCUCGAGUAUACACUCAUCACUCGAACUCGGAAAUCGUCCACACCGGUGGGGCUUGGGAAGAGAAUGGCAAGGUUAUAUUCGAAGGCACUUGGCCGAACAACCCUUUGUUUCCCUUCUGGAGCAGCCGAAAGGAAGAAAAUUUGUCUGAAAUCGUUGUUGUGGACUUUGUGCGCUUUGAGAUCGAUGUCAUGCAACCGGAUCAGACGGCACUUGCGGACCCAGUUGUUCUAGUUGACAUUCCAAACGAAUUUCCCCGCAUUGAUGAACGGUUCUACUGCAAAAAGCACGACCAUGUCUUCAUGAAUGUAUUCCACUCCGACACGAAGGAACCUCUCCGUGAAAAGCACAUCUUCAGGGGUCUCAAUGCUACAGCAAUGCUUAACAAGAGCACAGGGGAGUUGAAGGUCUACUCACCCGGACCAAACUGCCGAUGCCAAGAACCCGUGUUCAUUCCACGGUUCGACGACUCCCCGGAGGGCGAUGGGUAUAUCAUUUUCGCAGUUGACCGCUUGGACAUUAACCUCACCAAUCUCGUUAUCCUGGACACCGAGGAUUUCGAACACCCUACCGCAAUCAUUGAACUUCCUCUGCGUAUGCGCGCUCAAGUUCACGGUAAUUGGGUCGACGGCAGGGAGUUGAGUGGGCGACCACUCGUGCCUGAUCCUCUUCUACUAAACCACAUGGGAAAGUGA